AGGCGUUCAGAACUGACUGAGCGUGCGGGGACUGGCAUGGGGUGGUGACCAGGAGAGGAGCUAGUGAUGUGGGAGGGGUGGUCUCCCUGAGCGAAGGCCCACCACGAGUGCUCUGCUGAGGGAGGGAGAGGCUUGGAGCGGUCCUGAGUGGACUGAGCUGGAUACCAGGCUAGACUCCGUUCAGCAGAAAGCAAGAAACAGCCAGGAGAGUAUGGCAGAGGAGGGAGAGAAGGGCCGGGGCCAGGGAUGGAAAAAGGGUUUUACUUUAAGUGCACCUAAAGGCCGUUGGAGUGGAAGGGGGUGUGUGUGUGUGUGUGUGGCUAAGUUGCUUGGUAGGCCCCCGUGGACAUAGCCCCCACUCUGGAUGCCCACCCCAAGGAAUCAGUCACCUGGAGGUGCGGGGCCGUCCCAGGCGUCUCUCUAGGCUCCUGUAUUCCAGGAUCCUGUCACAUCUGCUGUGUACGAUACAGGAGGGGCGUGCAGCCCCAGCCCAGCUGUGGGGUCUGGAGCAUCCAGGUAGGAGGUUCCUUGGGGGAGAGGUAGAAGGUGAUUCAAGGGCUCACAUACCCACUGUGCAGGAGCCAUGAGGUGUUGGGGUCUGUCUGAGGGUGGGUUUUCCUGCUGCUGUUACCAUUGUAGCAUCCUCGUACAGAUCCAGAGAUUGUUUGUCCUCCUCCUGCCCUCAUGAUGUCAGUUGCCUGCUAUCUCGUAAAACAUCAGAGAGGUGGACAACCGUCUGUGUAAAGAAGCCUGGAAGUGCCUCCUCUUGGGCAUCCUGUGAAAAGGCUUACAAACAACAGAAAGCCUUGAGGGGGGCGUUCAGGCCCCUCCACCCCAGGGAGGCCCACCUGCACUUCCAGCCCCGGCCCCCCUACCCCUCAAUGAGCCCUACAGGACUCAGCACCUGUUUGCACCGUGUAGCUGGGCCCUCUUCUGCACUCCUGCAUGGCGCCAUCCUGCUUCCAAGUGGACAUGACCUCCUGCUACCUCUGUAAGGCCAAUGUUAAUUACAGGUCUCUGGGUACACUGCUCUAAACACAUCAUACCUCUCACUACCAGUAAACCUCAGACGUGGAGAGGGGCUUUCUUUGAAUAGCCCACAUCAUAGACUGACCCCUACCAGGCUGCAGCAGACCCUGACCCCAAGUCCUGCUCCCAAACCAGUCCGUCCCCGUCUCCUCCCCAAGAACGUCUACUCCACUUACGGUGACUGGUAGAGAGAGUGACAGAUGGACAAACGGACACUCUCCAAGGCUGGGGAGCUCUGAGACUCAAGCACUUUGCUUCUCCUCUGGAGUCUCAGGUCUCCACACCGUCCUCUCACUCUGUUGUUAGGUGCCAUCCCGUCGACUCUGGCUCAUGAUGACCUUAUAUAUAACAGAAUGAAACAUUGCCUGGUCCUGUGCCAUCCUCACUGUUAUUGGAACACGCUAUAUGAAUGAAAGCAGUUAUCUGGUGUAAAACAUCCAAAAACAAGCUACAGGCAUCAACAACUAAAAAAUACAUGUGCAGCAGCUGUGGGACAGUCUUCGACACAGAAAGAAAUGAGAAAAAUACCUAAUAAUGGGAACCUGAAGAUGGCUUACCCCCUGGGGCUGUUUGUGUGCCUGUUCAUUUAUGUCGCCUACAUCAAGUGGCACUGGGCCUCUGCCACCCAGGCCUUCUUCAGCAUCACUGAGGCGGCUGCAGGGGCACGCAGGGGCCAGCAAGCCCACAGCCCCACUGGGACAGCAGGGCAUGGUCACGAGGUCUUCUACGGGAUCAUGUUCGACGCGGGGAGCACUGGCACCCGCAUACACAUCUUCCAGUUUGCCCAGCAGCCCAGAGAAACUCCUACCUUGACCCACGAAACCUUCCGAGCGCUCAAGCCAGGUCUUUCUGCGUAUGCUGAUGAUGUUGAAAAGAGCACGCAGGGGAUUCAAGAAUUACUGGAUGUGGCUAAACAAGAAAUUCCCUUUGACUUCUGGAAGGUUACCCCUCUGGUCCUCAAGGCAACAGCUGGGUUACGCCUGUUACCAGGAGAAAAGGCUCAGAAGUUACUGCAAAAGGUGGAAGAAGUGUUUAAGGCCUCACCUUUCCUCGUGAGGGAGGACUGUGUCUCCAUCAUGAACGGAACGGACGAAGGUGUCUCCGCCUGGAUCACUGUCAACUUCCUGACAGCUGUGCUGGGUUGGUUUUUGGUUGCGCAUACUCCAGGCAGUUUGAAAGCCCCCGGAAGAAGCAGUGUGGGCAUGCUGGACUUGGGCGGAGGAUCCACACAGAUCACCUUCCUGCCGAGCCUCCAGGGCACCCUUCAGACCUCCCCGGCCAGCUACAUCACAUUACUGCAGAUGUUCAACAGGACCUACCAGCUCUACUCCUACAGCUACCUGGGGCUUGGACUGAUGUCGGCCCGGCUCGCACUCUUGGGCGGUGUAGAAGGCCAGCCUGCUACAGAUGGGAAGGAGCUGGUCAGCCCUUGUCUGCCCCCUGGCUUCAGAGGAGAGUGGGAGCAUGCUGAAGUCACUUACAGAAUUUCGGGAGAGAAGGCAGCAGCCAACCCCCAUGAGCUGUGUGCCAGCAGAGUGUCAGAAAUCCUUCGAGGCAAAGUGCACAGGACAGAGGAAGUGAAGCACAUGGAUUUCUACGCCUUCUCCUACUACUAUGACCUCGCUGCACAAGUUGGCCUCAUCGAUGCCGAGAGAGGAGGCAGCUUGGUGGUUGGAGACUUUGAGAUUGCAGCCAAGUAUGUGUGUCGGACAAUGGAGACCCACACACAGACUAACCCUUUUGUGUGCAUGGACCUCACCUACGUCAGCUUGCUGCUGCAAGAAUUCGGGUUUCCAGGGAACAAAGUGCUGAAGCUGACUCGGAAAAUUGACGACAUUGAGACCAGCUGGGCUCUGGGGGCCAUUUUUCACUACAUGGACUCCCUGAGCCGACCCAAGGGCCCUGCCAAUGAAUAGCAGCCCAGCUCCUGGCUGUGAGCCACCCCACCCUGCCUGUCAGCACUCAGAUUCACAUGAACAUCCUCACAUAAGCGGCUGCUGUCUCCGUGAGAGCAGGACACCUUUGUGGAACCCCACCCCAGGCUCGACCCCUGAUUACUGCGACUUCGUCCUUGGUUUUAUCCUAGGCACAUUGGAUGAGGGGCUGUGGUGAGGCUGCUACCAGCCCCCCUCCCCCAAGACCUGAGGGUCAGAGAGCAGAGGGUGGGGUAGAGGGCACCCAGGCCCAGCGCCUGGCUCUGCUGCGUUGGCUUCAGGUGAGCAGUGGAGACAGCCGUGGGCAUGCGCGAGGCCAGCGAGCUGCAGCCCUAGCCUGGAGAGGUGGUGGGCAGCCACACGCCACCCUCUGUUACCUUGCCGCCUGUCUGGCUUCCUACCCCAGAGCAGACCUCCACUUUCUGAGUGGGGAGGGAAUUUGGUGGGGAGGUUGUGUAGGCCUAAAAGUAGUGAGCCCUUGAGCUUUCCACUGUGAAUCUCUUCCUUGGUUGUGAACAGGGAAAUUAUCCAGAGGUCUGGCUGCGUUUCGUGGCAUUAACUGAGUACCUGCCACUCUGAAUCAAAGAGGGAGGAGCUGAGGUGGAGAGGCCUUCCUCGCCCUGUGUGCCCAGCUCUCAUGCAAGGUGGUGCUGAGUCAGUGUUGGGAAACCUGGUGAGUUAGUGCUGCUCCGCCCCCAGGCACCUGUGAGCCAUGUGUGCAGCCAGGCCAGGCAGGGUCAGGAGCCCUGGGGCCCAGGCCUUGUCUGCCCUCUGCACUGGCCCAUGCUCCUCACCCGCUUGGCCUGUCACAGGGAAGCUUCAUCUCAUCCCAAGUUGUGCUUAACCAUGACUCACUUCCACGCUCAUAUCAUCAAGUAGUGAACGUACAGUACGUGGAAUAAACGGCGCCAUGUGUGUUCCACCCCAAAUAAAAGGUUUACAAGAAUUUCUCUUGCAAGGCCUCACGGGCACUGCCAGGGACUCACAAGCACCUGAGCCUGUUUAUGAAAGCUAGGGGGAAAAUGCCCAGUGGGGUGCAGGGAUCAUGGUGUGUCUAAGUGCUGUCAGGGCACCUCAUGAGAUGACCAGAGGCUACGGGGCCUGGGCUGUGGCGGGGAGCCCAGGCAGGUAGAGAUGCACACAAGACCUCACCCGGCAGGGGCCACCCCAGGGCUCUGGGUCAGUCAUCUCCUGCGGCUUGGUUUUCUCUAGCCAGAAAAGCCUAAGGAAUCUGGAACAGCCCAGAGAGGGACAUGUGCCAGGAGGGAGCUGCGGGCCCACCCCUGCAUCUCGAGUUCUCUGUGCAGCACCCACAGCCUAGCUCGGGACCUCGACUAAGGGGUACACCGCCUGUCCGUUCACCUCCCAGGGUCACUGUGGGACCAGGUAAGCAGGAAGAGGGUCCUGUGGAAAAGAGGAAAUGGCUCUGCAGGAAAAAGUAAGAAAAUGAUGUUACUCCCCACCUCCCGGAGUCUUCACUUUACGAUAGGUGGAGCAGGAAAAGAAUACAGACAGAAAACCUUUCUGGUAUUUGAGCAGCUCUAUGCCUGCAGGACAAUGGUGAAACGGGGGCUUCUGCCCUAGAAUGUGGUUGUUGCCACCCCAACUCCAGAAGAUGGAGAAGACUCCCUAGGACCACCAAACAAAACCAGGAGCCAGCUGUCCUCUGCCUGGUGGGGGUGUGGGGGAUGCUAGAGGACUGUGGGGACACAGACAGGCACUGGCAAGCCCCAGGUGCUUUCCCCAGGUAACCAGAGAGUCAAAUGAGGACCAGGGCACAAACAAAAGCUGUCUUCCCCACCCACGGUCAACCACCCCUGCCUUGACAGGUCUCCCCUCCAGCCCCUCCUUCCAUAAUACCCAGCAGAUUAAAUAUUUAAAGAACUUAGGAGGCACGGAAAUAAAAGAUGCAUUAAGGUAAAAGCGAACAUUGAUUUGAUCCAUUUAAAGGAAGUUAGUGAUCUCACAUUUGAAAAAAGAAAGCGUAAACAAUUGGAAGUUUCCCAGGAGAUCACCAAAUAAGUCAUGGAAUAUUUUUGGGCCCAGCAAAAUAUGCAGGUCAUUUCGCUCUGUGAUAAUAAAAGUGGGCUCUCAUCUUUUAAAAAUAGCUGUUCAUGCACCUCGUGGGAGUUGUCAAAGAUGCAGACUGGGGAUGCAACAAGAAUGUGCCCAGAGGCCACAGGCAUCUGUGCUCCGGAGAGUCCUUUUGCUUCCUGAUGAGUGCGGCCCCUCUGCGCAUCAGCCCGCUGCUCACACACCUGGCACCUCUGUUUUCACUUAGGGUAGCAGUGCAGAAACCCCUGUCUACACAGAGCUGCUUCCACCCAUAAUGGCCUGAGGUGUCCCCAUAUCUGAAGGAUGGGACCUUAAUCUCAUGGGCUCGUGGCACAGAGUGGUGUCCAUUCUCAUUUGUGCACCUGCACCAUCCCAACCCUAAGGGGCAUGAGCAUUUUACAUUUUGAUUGAUGUUCCCUUCAGAGAGGCGCCACUGUACAGUUCUACAGCGAGCCUCAGUGCCAGCACACCCAUGGCCAAACCUUUUGAUCUUUGCCAUCCUGGCUAGUAAAGAAAAAAAAACGAUAACUGGUAGUUUUAAUAUGCAUUGAUCUAAUUCUUCUUAUAUGCUUAAGAGCCCUGUGUAUUUCCUUUUCUGUGAUAUAUCUGUUGAUGCUCCAUGCCAGUUUUUCUAUAAGAUUGUGGGCAUGUUCUUACUGAUUUUAGGAGCUGGUUAUAUAUAGAAAAGGAGCCCUGGCGGCACAGUGGUUGAAGCACUUGGCUGCUAACAGAAAGGUCAACAGUUGGAACCCAUCAGCCAUUCCACGGUGGAGAGA